AUGGGUGACAGAGUAUCUCAAAUUGCGCCCUACGGUACAUGGGACUCUCCAAUAACUUCCGCUAGUGUUGCAAAAUUGUCUAUUUCCACAGAAGACGUGCUUGUCGACGGAGUGACUGGCACCAUAUACCGUGUCGAAAAACGGCCGGAAGAGGGCGGAAGGAAUGCAUUGGUUCGUGCUGAAGAUGGAACUGAUGUUUUGGGCGGGAAAUGGAAUGUCCGCACUGCUGUCCAUGAGUACGGCGGCGCGGCAGCGAUAAUACAUGACAACGUGGGCCUCUUUUCUAACGCUGAAGAUGCUCAAGUUUAUCGAGUCGACCUCAAUGCCGUAUCGAAUACUAAGCCACGGCCAGUGACAAGCUCGCCCAAGUGCAGGUUUGCAGCUUUUGCGAUACAUCCAGUCCACACCGAUAUUGCUGUCUCGAUCAUGGAGGACCAUACACAAUCCUCUGCAAAAGAUGUCGUUAACACCCUUGUGUCCUUUAGUUCCAGCGAACUAACUGUGUUACCUUCAUGCUUGAUCUCUGGCGCGGACUUCUACGCGAAUCCAACUUUUAAUCCCGACGGCAGCUUGUUGGCGUGGAGCCAGUGGUCUCAUCCAGAUAUGCCUUGGGACGGGGAACAGAUCUAUGUUGCCGCUGUCGAUGUUGUUCAUGGUCGUCUCAAUCUUACCACAGAGCGCUUUUCUCCAUACCGUGUCGCUGGUCAGCCCUCGACGAUCAGCGCCGUUCAGCCAACGUGGAUAUCACUUAAUGCGCUUGUUUUCUCUUGCGAUAUCUCUUCUUUCCACAACCCUUGGCUCGGAGUCGUCAAUACGAAGACUAAAUCAGUCUCCAGACGACCUUUACUUCCCUCUCCCCUCGAACUGGACUUUAUCGAUCCUUCUUGGUGGCUCGGUGGCUCCAAUAUUACCGUUCUGGAUGAUAAUCUCAUCCUUUUCGCUGCUUCAAAAGGGGGCAGAAGCGUUUUCCACCUCGUCAGUCUGGACAGCGGACAUUCAACAGUGCUCGAGAGCCCCUAUGUCCACAUCGCGAGAAUGCGUCGUGUUGGUCCUUGGCAGGCGGUAUUCUUGGGCAGUCGGGUGGAUAGUGGAACAGAAACCAUUCUCUGCACUUUCCCUACCGCCGAUGCCGUGCUCGCCCCUACUUUCAGAACGUUGACAAGUUACAUCGAGCCGGUACUCCCCGAUCCCUAUCUUUCUCUUCCAAUGGCCUUGGAGCUCGCUCUUCUGGACUCGCCUAACGAGGUUGUUCACGCUGUGUACUAUCUCCCCCGCAAUCCUGAUUACCGAUGUGUACCGGGAGAACGCCCUCCGGCGAUUGUCAAUGUUCAUGGUGGCCCGACCUACCUUGCAAGACAGGACUUUGAUUUGGAGAAACAUUUCUUCACCACGAGAGGCUGGGUCUGGAUUGACGUGAAUUAUAGUGGAUCCUCGAAUUUUGGUCGUGAUUACAUAAACCGUCUCAAAGGAAGUUGGGGCGUGCGAGAUGUGCGCGAUUGCACUCAGGUUGCUCUCAUCCUCUCGUCCUAUCCCUAUAACAUCAUCGACCGCAAGCGUAUCGUUAUAAGGGGAGGCUCUGCGGGAGGUUACACAACGCUAGUAGCGUUAUCACAACCAGAUAACGUCUUUGCAGCAGGCACCUCCUCAUACGGCAUUUCGGAUCUGCAUAAGCUCACGCAAUUUACACACAAAUUCCAGUCUCAUUACGCUCAGGCCUUGAUAGGGGGCAGUUUCGAAGACAUACCGGAUGUAUAUCACGCGCGCUCCCCGGUCUUCCACGCCCAUGACAUAUCUGUGCCACUUUUAAUUCUCCAAGGCGCUCUUGAUCCCAUAGUCCCGCGAAACCAGGCAGAAGACCUCGUGAAAGCUAUCAAAAGCACCGGCGGCACAGCAGAAUACGUUCUUUUCGAAGAUGAAGGACAUGGUUGGCGCAAUGCCGAGAGUACUCAGAAGGCCCUUGAUUCAGAAUUAGCGUUCUAUCAGCGGGCCCUCGCUCUUGUUUCGUAG